UCUGAAGGAGCUUUCGAGACAACAGAUGGAAAAGUUUACUUCACUGACCAACAGUUCAUUAUAGAACAUCUCAUUGACUUAGAGUCGAAAUAUUCUAAACUUUACAACAAACACAAAAAGUUGAAAGGAAAACAAAAACAAAUGGCAUAUGAUAUUUAUGAAGAUGUUGACGACACAACCAUACCUGCAAGUGAGGUAAAGUCAGAUGAACCGAAAAGUGACGAAAAACCGAUAGAAGAAGAAAAACCAAAAACUGAAGAUAAACCAAAACCAAAGUUUAGUUUCCAAACUAAACCAAGUCAACCUUCAUUAGCUGGUAUGGGUUGGCGUCAAAGACUUAUGGCAGCAGGCGGUUAUGUAAAGUAA